AUGGCCAGUCUGAAGUUCGAUCAUGGCCAGCUGAACUCGAUCAAUGGCCAGUCUCUUCGAUCGAACACUCCUGACCAGACCCCGUCCCUCAUCCUCUCUCUCUCAAAACCACCGUCUCCGCUUCAGAUAGUCGCGUGGUUCCUGCGGCGCCUCGCCCUUCCAACGGCCCAAACCGAAGUAGCGCAAAACAAACUCCACGUCGCCGAACGGCGCCCGGUCGCCCUGCAUCACCACCGUGGGCGUGGCCAGCCCUUCGCCGUUGCCAAGCCCUUGCAACACUUUCUGGGCCACCGCACGCACGUCGGCCACCGUCAAGCGCUCAAUGUGCUCCACCAUCUCGUCCACAGACGUGACCUUGCCCUGGCACUGCACCUGGCGGCCAAUGUCCUCCAACGCCGCAAGCUUGCUCUCCACGUUCAUGAGGAGCGACAGCACCAACUGGUUUUUGGCACGGCGCAACUCCUGCUCGGUGAUGCCGCCGCGGCCAACGUCGGUCUCCAUGACCUUGGCGAGCUCGUGGCACGCAAUCUGCGCCAUGUACUCGGCCUGGUCCACGUAGCACGAGAGCGUGAUGCCGAAAAGACCCAGGUCCGAGUACGCGUGGUGGAAGCACAGGCAGUUUUCCACAAACGGAUACUGGUUGAGCACGCGGAAGAGCCGCAGGAACAUGCCCUUGCCCGGGCCGCCCGCCGAAAACGACAGCCCGCCGCCAAGAAGCUUCUGGAGCGUGGCGAGCGCAUACAAGUCCGAGCUCAAGAGGCCGGCCGACUCGAAGGCGAUCUGCAUGUGCACGAGCGGCGGGAGGUUGGCGUAGCGGGGCGCCACGUACGGAAGCGCAAGCUCGCCGCCGACGUAGGCUGCUGCCUUCUUUGCUUUCUCCUGUUCUGGCUUCUUUUCUGCCUUCCAGUCGCCGAAAAGACUCUGGGCCAUUUUCUCCGCCGCAGCAACGUCAACACCCACCAUGGCCACCACCGUGCGCUCGGGAACGUAGUAGUCGGCGUGAUAGGCCGCCACGUCGCCACGUCCAAGCGCCGCCACGCUCUUGUCCAGGCCGUAGAGCGGCAUGCCCAAGCCCUGGGCGCCGUAGGCGCGCGCGUGGAGCGCCUCGACCAAAUUCACCUCGGGCUUGUGCGCAAGCUCGGCCAACUCGUACGCCGCCGUGGCGCGCGCCUCGCCCACCUCCGCCUCCAGCAAGAGCGGCGCGCGCACCGUCUGCGCCAUACACUCGAGCAUCCGCCCGACGUCCUGGUGGAAAACCAGCGCCUGGUACAACACCAGCUCGCGCUGCGCCCCACACAUGUAGUUGCCGCCCAACCGCGCCAAAAGCUCCAUCAUUUGCACGCCCGUAUGGUUUUGCGUCGACUUGAACGCCAUGCGGUCAAGCAUGUGCGCCACGCCGCUGUUGGCCGCCGUUUCGUGACGGGUUCCGGCGUCUAUGUAUGUGCCCAAGGCCGAAAAGUGGCCGGGCGUCGGGUCGGUCACCACACGGAGCCCGUUGGCAAGCGUGGAGAUGUGCACGGGCAGGGCCUGCUGCAGGCGGGAGAGCCGCCGAAUACUGUUUUUGCUGAUUCCUCGGGAGAUGCGGCCUAG